GAUUUGUGAAGAAAAACUUGUGAGGUCUGUUGUGAGUUUUAUUUUAUGAGGUUCAGACAUCACAGAAUUGUGAGGAAGUUGUAAGCAUUUCAGCUUAAAUUUCCGCUAGUAUAAGCAUAAGGUAAACCUUAGAAAAUUCGAAAAAUUCACAAUGGUGAGAGUUGGGAUUUUUGUGAGGAUAUGUGAAUAUGGCAGAGGAUGGUGUCAUGUGUAGAAGUUCACGCAAGUGAGAAAAGUUCUCUGAUCGCCAUUCCGGCCAGAAACGAUUCUUUUGCAUAUGGCUCAAGUAGCUCACAACUUCCGGUUUUUGACCAUGUAACCUCUGGGUAGACUAAAAACAUCCGUUUGAAGGCGGCCGAAAUGCGUGGGUUUGAAGAGCUUAACAAGCUGGCCGACAGGGGUAAUGCUCGAAAUUUCUACGAAAAAAUGCGGCGGCUAACAGAAGGUUUCAAGACCGGAGCACACUCUCGUAGAACCCCUAAAGGUGAUUUAGUAACCGAAAGCAUACUUAAAUUAUGGAGGGAAUACUUCUCCAGCCUGCUGAAUGGCAGUGAAAGUAUAACGCCAGGAGAAUGCGAACCCAAUUCCCCAACUGAUCACGAUGGAACAGACGUUCCAAAUGCAAUACCUGUCUGAAGAACAACAAAGCGGCGGGAGAAGUAAAGUCCUCUAUCGAAGAACAACAACCAAACUCUAAGUUAUUCAUUAUUCCCGUCCUACUAUAUGGUGCAGAGGCUUGGACGAUGACUACAUCUGAUGAGUCGGCCUUAGGAGUUUUCGAGUGAAGAAUUCUGCGAAAUAUUUGCGCGUUGGCCACGGCGAAUAUCGCAUUCGAUGGAACGAUGAGCUGUAUGAGAUAUAUGACGACAUUGACAUAGUUCAGCGAAUUAAAAGACAGCGAAUGUCGUCCCGCCGGGGAAGCAGAGGAAGAGGAAUAUCUCCUCUCCGUUGGAAGUACCAGGUGGAAAAGGACCUGAUUUCGCUUGGAAUCUCAUAAUUGGCGCCACGUAGCGAAGAGAAGAAAAGACUACCGCGCUGUUGUUAACUCUUGUGAAUAGGGCUGUAAGUUUAUAAAAUGUUAACGAUUUUAGGGAUUCUAGGGGGAGGUCUUAAAAUUCUUCAAACUAAUUCCCAUUUCCUAAUACUUUUUAUCUUAACAGUUUAUUCGACUUUUGAAACAUUUUGUUUGAUUAAACUCUGCCCUUUUGUUUAAGAACUAUACUGCGUAUGUAGAUCUAGGGUUUCAUAAAAGUAUUAAUGAUAAACAAGUCUUUACAAAUUUUAAAGUAAUUUAUUUUUAAUGUUUUCUUUAAAUUGGCUCAUCAAGAGAAUUACGAGAUAAAGUACGGAUGCCAAAUGAGGAGAUCAAUGAGUAUUAUGUUACGGACGAAUUACCAUUCGAUUUGGAUUGCUUACCUCAUGUACUUAAUCCAGCCGAUACAGCGAGACCUCGUAGCUUUCGAGAAGCCUUUAACUAUGCUUUAAGGCCAUGUGUCGAACAUCAUAUUUUCAUACUGGACGUUUUACAUAAAGUGGAUAGACUAUUUAAUUUUAUGUGGUUGGUGAAAACGUUUGAGGUCACGCUCUUUUUUUGCAUGGCCGCCUUUAAUAUAGCCAAGUUAUCGGAGGGCAAAACUUUUCUGAAAUUAUUUUGUAUAGGACAUUACUUGCUUUUGGGGCUGAGUGAAUUAUUUAUGAUUUGCUAUGCCAGCGAGAUAAUCUAUAUAGGAAGUCAACGCUGCGGAGAGGCUCUAUUACGUAGUCCUUGGCACUUGCAUCUCCGUGAGGUACGGACCGAUUAUCUUUUAUUUUUGACGAGUGCUCAAAAAACUUUCGAAUUCACGGCUGGCAAACUUUAUCCGUUGCGAUUGGAAAAGUUUCGUGGGAUUAUCACAACAUCGUUUUCAUUCUUCACUUUGCUACGGAGCAUGGAUAAGGGUUAAUGAAAGCUUUAUCUUAAUGAGACUAACGGAAGAAUUAUAACACACGUCUGGUAUGCAUCGUAGUCAGCAUUUCGUAUUUAGAAGUACUCAAUAAAGCACCGUUGGUAUCUUUUAACUAUA